AUGAUGACUGGUCACGAUGUCUCUGAAGGCGCUGAUAGCGCUAGACGUCGAUACGAGGACCAAGAACAUUCCAACGUCCAUCAACCGCAACCAACAUCGACCACCGCACUGUUGGGCGGAUAUCAAGGCAGCCCGAUGGCCCCAACCAGCAUGGGCAGACGGGGACGGCGGACCUUGGGCACUUUUCUCCUCAUGAUAGUCGUGGUACUCUGGACGACGUCGAACUUCCUUGCCAGCACUAUAUUCGCCGAUAACACUUACUCCAAGCCGUACCUGGUAACAUACCUGAACAGCGGGUCCUUCAUCUUCAUGCUUGUGCCUUUCGUCGGUGGCCGACUUCGCAGACUCUGGAAGACGGGGAAACUGCGAGAUAUCAGGUCAUUUCGAGCUCUAAUCAAGGAGUUUGAGCAUCCAACACCUGGAGAAGAGGCGAGACCAAUCCUGGACCCCGACCAAGAUGAAGGGCUGCCACGAGAGUCGGGGGAUACAGGUGCACCAGAGCAACAUGCCACAACCAGAGCUAAGCUAGGUUUCAAAGCGACAGCUACACUGAGCUUAGAGUUUUGCAUAAUAUGGGCAAACUACUUUGCCAUGGCAUGUUUGCAGUAUACAAGUGUUGCCAGUACGACUGUGCUGACAUCCACAAGCGGGGUAUGGACGCUUAUAUUUGGAGCAAUGAUCAAGGUUGAAAAGUUCACGCUCAGCAAAUGUAUUGGAGUUCUCACAUCCCUACUCGGCAUAUUUUUAAUAUCCAGGGUCGAUAUCUCUACCUCAAAUCGUUCGAAAGAUGAUACCUCUCCCAAUAAGCCGCCUGGUCAAGUAAUUCUUGGUAACCUCAUGGCCGCAUUCAGCGCUAUGUUAUACGGAGUUUAUACCACUUUGAUGAAAAGACGGGUUGAAGAUGAAUCACGAGUUGACAUGCGCCUGUUCUUUGGCCUGGUUGGAAUUUUUGCCUCUCUAAUCCUCUGGCCUGGGUUCAUCGUAUUGCAUUAUACUGGAAUUGAACCGUUUACUCUUCCACCAACCAAACUUGUCUUCUUAAUUGUUUUGGUUAAUGCAAUCAUAUCCUUUGCGUCCGAUAUAUGCUGGGCCUUUUCGCUAUUACUUACGAGUCCGGUUAUCGUGACUAUUGGACUGAGUCUCAACAUUCCGUUAUCGUUACUCGGUCAAAUCGUUAUCCAGCACAAAUAUGCAACUGGACUGUAUUGGUUCGGCGCUACCCUUGUAUUUGCUUCCUUUAUAGUCGUGAACUAUGAAACCCCAGUUUAA